AGCGCAACUUGGAAGCAAGACGAGCAAGUUCUCAGCUGUCAACCAUCCCCCACCAUUGCAGACCACUUAGGGACUCGGGAAGUCGGGACAAUUUUAUCUUCGCCUUUCAUCCGUUCACGAGUAACGCACCGGUCUCGUCUUUAUCUAGUCAUGUUUUAAUCUUCGACACUUAGGCCGAGACGUGUUCCUCUUUUUAUUCCUCUCUGCAUCCGUUAUUCGAGGCCAAAAAAAAUGCUGAACAACGUCCUGAGGGACAGAGGGAUCCUGGCGUUGAUCCUUAUCAGCCACAUGACUUUCGAAGCGACCCCGGCAUCCCCGGCCCACAUCCAUACCCAUUCCCACUCGUCCCAUUCCAACAAGGAAAACACGAAAGAAAGGAUCGAAGACGGUCUCGGGUUCCUGCCUCGCGACCGGGGCCACAUAGUCGACGGCGAACACCACUCCGAAUUUGACCACGAAGCUAUUUUAGGGAGUGUAAAAGAUGCAGAAGAAUUUGAUACUUUAUCGCCAGAAGAAUCGAAGCGAAGGCUCAAAAUCCUGUUGGUCAAAAUGGACUUAAACAAAGACAAUUUUAUUGACAGGAACGAGUUGAGGGCAUGGAUUUUGAGAUCAUUUAAAAUGCUUUCAGAAGAGGAAUCCAAUGACAGAUUUGAAGAUGCUGAUGAAAACAAUGAUGGGAAAGUUUCAUGGGAAGAGUACAAAUCUGAUGUAUACGGCUCUGAUGAGGAUCUCGAACAUGAGCUGAAUUCAGAGGAACAGACUCUGUUGAAACAUGACCAAGUAAUGUUUAAAGCUGCCGACAAAAAUAAUGACGGUUUUCUUGAAAGACACGAGUUUGUACCAUUUUCCCACCCUGAAGAAAGUCCAGAAAUGUUACCGCUAAUUCUCCAAAACACCUUGGAAGAGAAAGAUACAAACAAGGAUGGAGAAAUUGAUUUUCAGGAGUUUGUUGGAUCGAAAGGUGAAAUGCAUGAUAAACAGUGGCUAUUAUCAGAGAAAGAAAAGUUUGACAGUGAAUAUGACAAAGAUAAAGAUGGCAAACUUGGGCCAAAUGAAAUUCUUUCUUGGGUUGUACCGAGUAAUAGCGAAAUAGCCGAAGAAGAAGUUGAACAUUUGUUCGCAUCAUCGGAUGAUGACCAUGACAAUCUGUUGUCAUUUGAGGAAGUCCUCAAAAACCAUGAGACUUUUGUAGGAAGCGAGGCAACCGAUUAUGGUGAACAUCUCCACAAUAUUCACCAUUUUGAAGAUGAACUGUGAUCCACCUCAUUAUGUCAUCAUUAUUAAAUUUUUAAGUUAUGGAGGAUUGUUUCUAUGAAAGGAAUUUUUGUAUUUAUGAAACACAAAGAAUAAACCAUUGUACAAAAUAAAUUAUUGCCAUAAACUAUUGUAUUGUGUUAUUUUUUAUUUAUUAGAAUAGUAUUGUGAACUGUUUUUGUGUGUUACCUUUAAAAAAUAAAUUGUUUGCCAAUUUUUGUACUACUUAAUGAAAUAAAAGGUUUUAUUUAAA